CCUCUGAUGAGUUUCUGAAAGAUCUAGAUUCUCCUCAGAGGAUGAACCUCUGUCAGCUGCUGGAGCCCAACAGAACCAGCCUGACCCGUAAAGUGCUCCCAGUACCACAGACUGCAUCUGCUUCACUUACUGAUACUGAUGUACUGGGAGUGUUAGCGGAGGAGAACCUCACAUACUUUAAAACUUUGAUCCUUUAAGUAGCUUCAUCCUGUGAAAUAAAUGUAUUUAUUUGGGGGACAGAUAGUUUCCACAUUUAGCUUGUGUUUUCUUCCUGUUGUCUCCCGCGGUGACACCGACACCAUCAGGGCAUCUCACCAGGAUGUGUUGACAGAGAGGAGCCAAUCAAACGAUCAGGUCUGAGGAGGACGUGGCUCCUUGUGUGUCCAGCAGGGGGCCGGUGUCAUGUUGUUGUUUAAUUGUGGUGUUUUGUUCAACGGGACGAUUAAAGUCCAGAGUUUCACUGUGAGGGACGAUCAGAGCGACCUCCUUCAACAUGCACUGUAAAAACUCAACUGCAGUCUGUCACGGUAAAACAUUUUAUCAAAUCUUUUUCUUCAGCGCCCCCUGCAGGUGUUUGACCUUUAUCUGCUUCAACCUCCUGAUUCCAGAUUCAGCUUCUUUGAAGAUAUUAAGCAUUAAGUAACUUUGAACUGGAGAAAAUGAUUACUUAUUGAUUAAUGAACCAGAAAUAUGUAACUGAACAAAACUGAUAAAUCCAACUGAAUCGAUGUCAACUUUUCAUCAGUGGACUCAUUGAUUACACAACUACACAACAUCAGUGUGUGUGGGUGUGUGUAUAAGCAGCCUCCCCUCUCAGGCGAGGCUUCACUCUGAUUGGCUGCAGGAAGGUCUCUCUCGCCCUCUCUCCCUCUCUCUCUUCAGUCAGAGCUGGACAAAUCAAUCGAUCAGUUUAGAUCCUGAUCAAUAAAAAUCUGACGUGUUCAACGUGUCUUGAGACGGAGUUUAAAUACAGACACUUCAGCAUCACUGUGGGGACCAGCUUCAGUUUGAACAUCUCUGUGGGGACAGAUGGAGGCGGAGCUCCAGCAGAUCCUGGUGCAGGUGUCCGAGCUGCAGUGUCGGAGGUGACCUCAUGUCAAUGAUUCCACAUCUGUACAUCACAUCUGUCUGCUCUGUUUCACCUCUCUCACUUUUAACCUGUCAUCAUGUUCUCUGCAGACUGACGCCCCCCCAUGGACCAAGAUUGGUGGAUAUGGGGAAGGAGGCGGAGCAAGUGGCGGCCCCUCCUUACAGGCCCCUCCCACCUGCCUGCUCCAUCCUCAAGAGAUUGGUCGUCUCUCCGAGUCUCGGAGGAACUGCCGUCACGCCCCAGCUGACCGAGAGUCUGAGGAGGAUUUUGUUUGGUGGAACGUUUCACGUCUUUAACUACGAGUGGAGGAAAUCGAUCUUUCGGUUCAGGGAUCAGAACUCGGAGUUAUCGUUCGCUCUGGAGACGGACACGGGCGGAGCCGGAGCCAUUCAGAUGGUCGUCCAGGCUCGAAUCAUCAAACACCUGCUGUUCAUCAGUCAGAGCAGCUCGGAGGGACGGACGCUGGACAGUCUGAUUGACGGAGGACAGAGAGACCAGGAGAGGGCGCUGGCAGCAGCUUUGUCUGACAGCCUGUGGUUGGCCGGCCAGGAGGUCAGCGCCACCAUUACUUUGGUGACUGAAGACUUCUGCAUCACUCCUCACCUGGACUACAAACUGGACAACUUCACUGAGAAGCUGCAGUUGUUCACAUUUAAGAAGAAAGACGACGUCAGGAAGUUCAUCCUCGAGCACAUCCACAGCUUCACGCAGGAGGGAAGUCACGGCGUCAUCCUCUUCCUCUACAGCCUCGUCUGCUCCCGCACUGUCGACAGGCUGAAGGAGGAUCUGGACUCCACUUCCUCACACCUGCUUCACCUCCGCCUGGGAAACUUCGUCUGCCGUCAGGCUUUACUGAACUUAUUGCUGACGGGCAGGGCCAGUCCUCAUGUCUUCAAUGGGACUCUGUAUGUUGGGGAGGAUGGGCUGGCUCUGGAGCGCCCCCUACAGGGCAUCCUGACUCGCAGCGAUGUGGGUUAUCUGCACUGGAGCCGAGAGCAGAUGGAGAAACAUCGACUGCCUCAGGUGGGCAGUAUGCUGAAGACCCCCAGGUUUCCAGUGUGGGUUUGUGCGAUAAACGACAGUUACUCGGUUGUGUUUGGCCUGAACCUCUUGCUGCUCUCUGAUUGGAGGAUGGAACAUCUGUUCCAGCUGCUCUACUACAACGGGCUGAGCUCUCAGACGAAGGCGGCCCGGCUCAUCGUCGAUACCCACUCCCACCACUGGGAGGCGUCGUCCACACACUCAGACGGAGAGAAACGCUUUCCUUCUCUAGAGAUGACCAUCAGGACCAAGUGGGGCGGAGCCACCAUCGACUGGAACGACACUUUACCUUUCUAUUGACACACACACACACACACACACACACACACACA